UUGAACCCCUCUAUUUACUCUCCAUACAAUAAACACUACACCUCGGUACUCCCGGUCCAUUCACAAAGCACAGGGGAAGCAGAUUCAUUACCUCCAUUUUCCAAGCUUCCUUUACCGCGCUCACACUACCACACAGCCCUUUCCACUGCAACCAACGCGUUUCUUCCACUCACCAUUUUUCUCUCCAAGAGCACAAGCACAUUAUCGCAUACGUUGGAUUGUUCAAGUUAAAAGGGACUUGUUUUGCGUAAUUUGAGGCAGGGCAAGUGAACGAUAGAAAAUGGGGAGAGCUUCAAGGGAUAAGAGGGAUAUCUAUUAUCGGAAAGCAAAAGAGGAAGGUUGGCGUGCUCGAAGUGCCUUUAAACUCCUUCAGAUAGAUGAGGAAUUCAACAUUUUUGAAGGAGUGAAGCGUGUUGUAGAUUUAUGUGCUGCCCCGGGUAGCUGGAGUCAGGUUUUGAGUCGUAAAUUGUAUCUCCCAGCCAAGCUUGCGCCUGAUUCAAAGGGUGAAAAUCUUCCUCUUAUUGUUGCUAUUGAUUUGCAACCAAUGGCUCCAAUUGAAGGUGUCAUUCAGGUGCAGGGUGAUAUAACUAAUGCUCGAACAGCUGAAGUGGUCAUUAGACAUUUCGAUGGCUGCAAGGCUGACCUGGUUGUGUGUGAUGGUGCUCCUGAUGUUACUGGGCUUCAUGACAUGGAUGAGUUCGUACAGUCCCAACUCAUACUUGCAGGGUUGACAAUUGUUACUCAUGUACUUAAGGAAGGAGGAAAGUUUAUUGCAAAGAUAUUUAGAGGAAAGGACACGAGCCUUCUGUAUUGUCAGCUAAAGUUAUUCUUUCCUGUAGUGACAUUUGCAAAACCAAAAAGCAGCCGCAAUUCAAGCAUUGAGGCAUUUGCAGUCUGUGAAAACUAUUCUCCUCCUGAAGGAUUCAAUCCAAAAGAUCUGCAUCGUCUUCUUGAGAAGGUUGGAAGUCCCUCGGGGGUAGAUGAUACAGAUUGUUGUAGUGGAUGGUUGGAAGGCCCUAAUAAGGUGUAUAUCCCAUUUCUAGCUUGUGGUGACCUCAGUGGGUAUGAUUCUGAUCGUUCAUAUCCACUACCUAAAGUUGAUGGGGGGACAUAUCAGAGCUUGGAUCCUGUACAACCCCCAAUUGCUCCACCUUACAAGAGAGCUCUGGAGCUAAAAAAGGCCUCCAAUCAAGGAGUUCGAGAUCCUGAAAACCUCUCAUUGGAUUCUUGAUCGUGCUAUACACUGUUUAUUCAUAAUGUCAUUUGGAACUGUGUUUUUCGAUUCUAAAUUAUUAACGUACGUGUGAACUUUAACACUUUCUUUUCUCUUGUACAUCAUUGCAUGCCUGACUAGUCUCUUGUUGUAACAAUUUUUGAAACGAAUACAGAUUAUUCUAAAGUAAUCAUCUAAACA